CCUCGUCCGGCCGGGGUGUCAAUUACAUUACGAUUCAUAUUUGGAGUCACCACUGAAGAUAUAUAAGGAAGAGAUCAGGGCCCCGGAGAGCACUGCAGUCCACAGCUCGAGUCUUCUCAAACUACCUUCAACACCGAAAGACAACAGAGCUAAAGAUGGCAUUCGCCGGAGUCCUGAGCGACGCUGACAUCACUGCAGCACUGGAGGCAUGCAAGGCUGCUGACUCCUUCAACCACAAGACAUUUUUUGCCAAGGUCGGCCUGUCCGGCAAAUCCGCCGAUGAUGUCAAGAAGGCUUUCGCAAUCAUUGAUCAGGACAAGAGUGGCUUCAUUGAGGAGGAUGAGCUUAAACUGUUCCUGCAGAACUUCCAGGCUGGUGCCAGGGCACUGACUGAUGCUGAGACCAAGGCCUUCCUCAAGGCUGGGGAUACCGAUGGUGAUGGCAAGAUUGGAGUUGAUGAGUUCGCUGUCUUGGUUAAGGCAUAAAAGGUUUCCGACCAACAACACCUCUUGCUCUGAAGGAACAACUUUGCCCAAGACCUCCCAUUUUCAACUUACUAUAAAUAAUUUUUAUAUUCAUGAUGCUUAUGAGAAGUUUCCUCCCAUGCAGCACACUGUCAAAAAUGAUGACUGUGAAUGUAGCAGUUGUGUCUCCUGUCUUAAAUAUGAAUUUUGCUUACUGUAAAAUCUGAUGCACUUUUACGGGAACGGACGAUAGGAAAAGAAUAAAUAUUCUUUUGCAA